GGGCGGCAGCGGCGGCAGACGCCUCUCCCGGCAGUCCAGGACCUGCCAGCGCUGGCGAUUCCUCCAGGGCAGGCGCUUGCCCUCUCUUUUAUGGAGCUUGGGCCCCUGCCCCAGCCCCGCAGAGGCUGUGGACGUGUACGGUCCGGAAGCCUGGUUUCCAGCCCCGUGGCCCAUCCCUGGCUGCGGGGACCGGAAGCUCCCACGAGGUAGCGGUGGCCCGCAGCGGCUCCGUCCCGGCAGCGAGCCAUGGGCCAGAAGCUCUCGGGGAGCCUCAAGUCGGUGGAGGUGCGAGAGCCGGCGCUGCGGCCGGCCAAGCGCGAGCUGCGGGGAGCGGAGCCGGGGAGGCCGGCGCGGCUGGACCAGCUGCUGGACAUGCCGGCAGCGGGGCUGGCGGUGCAGCUGCGCCACGCAUGGAACCCCGAGGACCGCUCGCUCAACGUCUUCGUCAAGGAUGACGACCGGCUCACCUUCCACCGGCACCCGGUGGCGCAGAGCACGGACGGCAUCCGCGGCAAGGUGGGCCACGCCCGCGGCCUGCACGCCUGGCAGAUCCACUGGCCGGCGCGGCAGCGGGGCACACACGCUGUGGUGGGCGUGGCCACGGCGCGGGCCCCGCUGCACUCGGUGGGCUACACGGCGCUGGUGGGCAGCGACGCCGAGUCCUGGGGCUGGGACCUGGGCCGCAGCCGCCUCUACCACGACGGCAAGAACCGACCCGGCGUGGCCUACCCCGCCUUCCUGGGGCCCGAUGAGGCCUUCGCGCUGCCCGACUCGCUGCUCGUGGUGCUGGACAUGGACGAGGGCACACUCAGCUUCGUCGUGGACGGCCAGUACCUGGGCGUGGCCUUCCGUGGCCUCAAGGGCAAGAAGCUUUACCCGGUGGUGAGUGCCGUGUGGGGCCACUGUGAAGUCACCAUGCGCUACAUCAAUGGCCUUGACCCCGAGCCCCUGCCGUUGAUGGACCUGUGCCGGAGAUGCAUCCGCCUGGCCCUGGGCCGCCAGCGCCUACAGGACAUCGGCUCCCUGCCCCUGCCUCAAUCUCUCAAAAACUAUCUGCAGUACCAGUGAGCCGGGGAUGGAGGGGCAGCGGAGGGCACCCACAGACCCAGGCCUGUCGCUUCACGGUCACACUGUACAUCAGGAAGAAGUCUCCCUCUUCACCCUGGUUCCCCAGGACAUUCACUUCUUUGAAAGGCCAGGACAUCUUCCCAACUUUGAAAAUGAAAUGUCUGUUGCCAACAGUAUCUGCUGCCUUGAAGCAGCCCUCCCAAGUCAGACACCUCCUUGGAAGCCGGAAAGCGCCCGAGGCCUGCGCUGGGUGGAGAUCCUGCCCGCUGAGCGGGACACAGCAGCCAAGCAGCCACCGGCAUUGAUCCGAGAGCCCGUUUCCUUAUUCAAGAGAAUGAAUAAAACAUUUGGGCAGGACACUUUCUGCUGUGUGCCCCGCUGCAGACAGGGCCAGGGGAAAAUUGGCCAGCUCCGGGAGAACAUUGCCUCUAAAUAAUGCAUGGUGAAAGCAGCUUGAUGCCCGUGCCCCUCUGGGUCCCCAGCCUUCCCAGGGCAGCAGGAUUGUCAUGACACUUUAGGACUUUGUGCCCCUUUGAGAGACUGUUACCUAGGGAUGCCCAGCUGCGGAAUUGGCAAGUGGACGAAGCAGUGUUGAGACAUCUCCCAGCUUACCUCUCUGAACGUUGUUCACUUCCCCUCUCACUCGCCGUCCUUCCCCACCCGGACCCCCAGUCUCUGGAUGCCCAGGGCACCUCUAUUCAGGGAAGCUGCGUCUGACAGAUUCACCCCAGGGAAUGAGUGUAUCCUUUAUUAUUAUUGUUUUAAGUAGCGAUGCCUUUUAAAAGAGUGUGGUGAGGGCAGUACUUAGUCCAAAGGUGCUAAUGGGGGAAUUGGAGGCCUUGUGACACCCACGGGGGGGGGGUGAUGUCCACGGGCUGGGGAGCCUUCCUGGGGGGCUGAGGGUCUCCAGGCAACCGUCCAUUCAGGAUACAGCCUGACUGCCACAAAGCUUUAUUUGAGCGAAUUAUUUUUUCACUUGAGACUUGUACGAGUUUGUUUCUGUUUCACGUGUGUGUGUGUGUGUGUGUGUGUGUGUGUCUGUGUGUGUGUGUGAGACGUGCUGUUUAUUUAUCAGCUUGGGGCCAUGGGGGCAGCUUUGUAACUGGAAGGGUGGAUGUGAGGCAUCUUCUCCACCCGCCCCAGCCUGUCCUCCCCCCGGGAACAAUGCUGCUGCCGCCGCUGACACCACCAGGCAUCUCUCGCGUUUCCAACACUCUCUGCCCAGACUGAUUUUUAACUGGAAAUUGUCACAGCAGCGGGACACCAGAGCCCCAGACGGCACUGCCCCCUGCCACUUUAAUGUGAAUUCGACGAAUGAAGAGCGUUUCUAAUAAAGUUUGUCAUUCAGUCCUUCA